UCCAGCCCUGGAGGAUAACAGAGGAGAAACACACACACCACGCUCUUUUACAAGAGGUUCUGGAAAACCAAGAGAGAGAAAGAGAGAGAAAGAGAGAGAAAGAGAGAGAAAGAGAGAGAGAGAGAGAGAGAGAGAGAAAGAGUCGUGGAACCUAUAGGACACAGGUUUCUACUGAACCUUCCCACACCCUUCAGAGGUCAAUGCUUUGCUUUGGGCUUUCUGCUUCUCUUACCUCCGUCUCUUUCAGUUUCUCUGAACAUUGUUACUUUUUAAAACCUUUAGCCUUUUCCUCGUUGUCCGUGUCGAGAAACACAAAAGAACACAGACAGAAGUUAACACAACAACUUCAACAACGACAACUAAACGGGAGUUUGUUUAAGCUGGAAUGAAUAUAUCUGAGUCUAGUUACUGUCGUGAGGCCAGAUCUCCACCAGGCCGGGACGAAGCCGGGGGGUAUCCAUGGGUUUCUUCCCCCAGCCCAGGCUCUGAUCGUGGGCUAGGACCCUUCGACCAGACCCCCCUUUAUGGAGGAUCUGGAGAUCGUGGCUCUGCUGGGGGACGCACAGAGGCCAAGAUAGGGGCCGGAGCUGAACCAGGGACAGGGGUGGGAAGCCCUGACUCGACCCACCCAGAAGCACCUUCCCUGGGCAGCGUUGAGGGGAAAGCAGGGGGUGAGUCGAGGAUCCGUCGGCCAAUGAACGCCUUCAUGGUUUGGGCUAAAGACGAGAGGAAACGACUGGCCGUUCAGAACCCAGACCUCCACAAUGCUGUCCUCAGCAAGAUGCUGGGUCAGUCGUGGAAGGCCCUGACUACUCUGGACAAGCGUCCCUUCGUUGAGGAGGCCGAGAGACUCCGCCUCCAACACCUGACGGACCACCCCAACUACAAGUACCGCCCCCGUCGCAAGAAACAGGCCAAAAAGCUCAAACGGGUGGAACCGGGGCUACUGCUCCACAGCCUAACCCAGGGAGGGUCAGGGGUUCCUGGGGUUGGGGAGGGCUACGGACACCCUCUGGAUGGUUAUGGACAUCUUCAUCCACACCACCACCUUCUGCCUCCACUAGGCCACUUCAGGGACCUCCACACUGGGGACACACUGAGCUACGGCCUGCCCACACCGGAGAUGUCGCCUCUGGAUUUGAUGGAGGAGGGGGGUGGAGACGGAGGAGUGUUCUUUCCCCCUCACACACAGGAGGACGUGGAGCUGCAAGGCACCUGGAGUAACUACCACCAUCACCCCCACUAUAACAGCCACCACCAUAGCCACCCUCACAGCCACAGUCAAGGUCAUAGUCAGGGUCAGGGUCAGGGCCAUAAUCAGGGUCAGGGGCCCAUAAUCAGGGUCAGGGCCAUAAUCAGGGUCAGGGCCAUAAUCAGGGUCAGGGCCAUAAUCAGGGUCAGGGCCAUAAUCAGGGUCAGGGUCAGGGUCAUAGUGGUCAUGAUCACCAUCUUAACCAGAGCCAGAGGGGCUCCCUGCUCUGUCGUCGUCCCCAGGAAGUGCCUCAGCCAGGCUCCAGAGCCUACGAACUCUCCCAGUCCUUACUCUAACCACCAGAGCUCCUCUAUAAGCCUGUCUGAGCCAGUCAACCCUCACCAGUCCAUCAGUAGUUCCUCUGUCUCCUCUGUGUCCUCUGGUUACUAUAGUUACCUGUACAAUAACGCUGGACCAGACACCCCCCAGGCCUCCCACCUGGGGCAGCUCUCUCCCCCACCCGAAUCCUCCUCUUCCUCACUGGCCCCCACCUCCAACCCUAAACCCCAGGCCCUGGACUCCGUAGACCAGGCUGGAUCCAACCACGUAGGCCUGACGUCAGUUGAGUUCUGGACAGAAGUGGACCGCCGUGAGUUUGACCAGUACCUCAGUGCUAACCGGACUCGUAUGGAGGGGUAUGGGAGUAACCUCGUUCCCGUCUCUAAAUCCACGGAGGGGUACGGUAGUGUCCCCGUGUCGAAAGCUCUGGAGGGGUACACCAACGUACCCCUCUCUAAACCACUAGGGAGGAUCUAUGAGGAGAGCCAGAGUAGUCCUCUCAUCUCUGCUCUCGCUGAUGCUAGUAGUGCUGUCUACUACGGUACCUGUAUUACUGGGUAGACACCUUACUGACUGCUGGUAGUCUUUGGCUGUGUGCCAGAGUCUAGUAUGGUCUAGGGCAGCCUACAAUACUUUUUUGGUCAAAUACAGUAUGUUAAACAUACUGUCAUACUGGAGUGGGACUUGAUGUAGUUUGCACUAUGGAAUAGGCCACAGAAGUGCAAACACUAAAUGAAGGCAAGUACACCUAAAAAAAAGUAUUAAAAAAAUAAAAAUACAUUUUUUGAAAGCAUUGGAUUGAUGUGCUUGACCCCAGGUCUGCAGUUGACCUUUAAGGACUUUCAGGGUAGGAUUACUACAAUGCAUUAUAGACCACUACAGACCACUACAGACCACCACAGACCACUACAGACCACCACAGACACUACAGACCACUACAGACCACUACAAUAUAUUAUAGACCACUACAGACCACUACAGACCACCACAGACCACUACAGACCACCACAGACACUACAGACCACUACAGACCACUACA